AGGCGGGGGCGGCGCAUGGGGCGCAGCGCGGCGGGCGGCGUGCGGCGCUCCCGGCGGGGCAGCGCGGCCGCGGGCGGGACGAGCCGGGCCCGGACCAGGAAUGCCCGGGGAAACCCGGCCGGGGUCAAGGCGGAGCCCCCCGCGCCCGAUGCCAUCGAUCUAGGGGCGCAGAGGGGGCGCUGGGCCGCAUUCCAGGAGCGGCACCGGCUGAGCUCCGAGGAGGUGGCGCGGCUGCUGCUGGACGCGUAUGAAUACAGGGGUUUGGUGAAGCACACAGGAGGCUGCCACUGUGGAGCCGUCCGCUUUGAGGUCUGGGCUUCAGCAGUUCUGCACGUGUUCAACUGCAACUGCAGCAUUUGCACAAAGAAACAGAACCGACACUUCAUUGUGCCAGCGUCGCAUUUCAAGCUGCUGAAGGGUGCUGACAACUUGACAACAUACACCUUCAACACACACUGUGCCAAGCACACGUUCUGCAAGACCUGUGGUGUUCAGAGCUUUUAUACUCCUCGUUCUAACCCUGAUGGUUAUGGAAUCGCUCCCCACUGCCUGGAUGAUGGCACUGUGCAGACCAUUAUCACAGAGGACAUCAAUGGCAAGGAGUGGGAGAAAGCAAUGAGGGAACAUAAGACCAUCAGAGACAUGUCAAAACCCUGACACCCUUCCAGCAGCCUUGGGAGCACUGCCAUGGAACUGCAGUCUGGGAUUUCCUGGGUGAUGGUUGCUGAAAUCAAUCUCUACAUUACUGUUACCUGUUCUCUGUUUCUUAAAUAAAUCUUUCUAUGCUGA